AUGGAUAGAGGAUUACAAUUGUUAUUGUUAUUACUAUUGGCAGUAGUUGCAAUUGGAAACUGUCUGACAUUUGACUCGAGAUUGAGCGGCUCGAAAAAUUCGAGGAGAAAUCACAAGUACCCUCAUCUAAAUGGCGAGGAAGCUGUGCUUUCAGCAGCGGCAGCAGUAGCCGUCGCAGCGACCGCGGAUUACCAUCCAGAUUAUCUACCCCAAGAGUCAAUUUCUCAAUUUACCACCAGCAAUAAUAAUAAUAAUAAUAAUAAUAAUAAUAAUAACAACAAUAACCGCGAAGAAGAAACUGAAUACCAGGGCGGAAAGCUCAUAGGAAAAUGGCGGAGUACGGGCGAAGCUAUCGAGCCAAAAUGGCGAGACGGCGACUCAGUUCCGCUAGUUCCCUUCGAAGAGGCCGCUACUAGACGAAAAGUACCUAAACCGCGGGAAAAAACAAACCCUUAUAGUAUUAAUUAUUCGGAAAAUGUCAAAAAAGUUGGUAAGGUUCAUCAUGAGCAGGGCAAAGUACCAAUUUUCAAUUUUCCUUUGGUAAUUACUGAUAAACCAGGAGUAGUAGAUGGCAGUAAAUUUUAUCAAAACGGUGGAAUUCCAACUCCGGUAAUAUUAAAAACUCCUCAAUUACCAGUUGCUGUUCCUGUUACAGUACCAUUGAAUCAUGAGCCAAUAACAAAUAAAUUACAUGAAUUACAUCUUGCUAAAUUACGGUAUUUAAAUAUUCCAUUAACAAAUAUUAAUUUACCAAUACCUGAAAUUAUUUCUUCUUCUGAAAUAACUCCACAUAAUUAUUAUUAUACAACCGAUGAAAAUAAUAAUAAUAAUAAUAACAACAACAACAAUAAACACCGCAACAACAACGACAAUAAUAAUAAUAAUAAUAAUAAUAAUAAUAAUAAUAAUAAUAAUAAUAAUAAUAAUUUAAGAAAUGGAAAUAAACGUUAUCGUACCAGGAAACCAAAGCCUGUAACUAAAUUACCGGAAGAAGAUUCACAUACAAGUUACGUAGAACAAACUAUUCAAACAAGUUUAUCUACAACACCUAUAACAACGCCUACUUUAAGUGUAACAACUCCAACAACUCCAAUAAGUACAACUAUUACAACAACGACUAUUUCUUCAUCAUCACCACCAUUACCAUCAACAACAACAACGACAACGACAACGACAACAACGACGACAUCAAGACCUACCACUGUUAGUACCAGUUCCAGUACUAAUCCAAGUACAUUGACACCAAAUACAAGUACGGAAAAAACAAAACAGGUUACGCGUACCAGCGAUUGGGUCAAUCCAUUCGGGAAUAAAAACGAGUACGAGGUGAAUGACGAAGAAUACCAGCGACCCCGGCCUAGAAAACGCAGACCGCCUAGCAAUUACGAGUUCCAGGUCGAACGAAACAGGGAGUUGGAUUCUGAACGCCGGAGAAAUAGGACCAAGGUAUCUUCUUCAACUUCAAUUCCUCAGGAAGAAAACUCGGAAUUAAAGUCCUUGCUGAAGAUGCAGCAGAUUGAGGGCAGUAGCUUAUCCGAAGUUCUGCAGAGGAAGAACUUGAGCUUGAGCGACUUGCUCAAGAGGAAGUCGGAAGUUAUUAGCGCGUUGAAAAGCAAGGAGUCUGAUUAUGAAGCAGAUAGUGGGUUUAGUAAUAUUACCAGUUUGUUUAAUAAUACUGAUGCUGGUGGGGGUAAAGGUAAUGAAGAAGAAAAUGGAAAAAGAAAUAGUACUGGUAAUAAUGUAGAUAAUGUUGGGAAGAUUAAGAAUUCUGGUAAAGAUUCUAAUGAACGACGGUGGCGACGGCCAUUUAGACGCAACAAAUUGCGCGUUAAUUCAAGGAUAUCAACAACAACAUCUAGAUCUCCUGUUUUAAAAGAAGAAAUCACGGAUGAAUUAGAUAAAAAAAAGCUAACUCAAGAACCUAAUGAGAGAAAGUACGAAAAACUUUCAACAACUAAAUUACCUUCGCCUAUAAUAUUUCCACGGCUGAAUUCCUUUACCAAGAAACCAACGUCUACAUCAGCUCAACCACCUAGUGUGAUAACAACCGCGAUUAUUGAAGAAGCCGUUCCAGCUGAGGAGACAACUAACGAGGAGCAAUCAACCACGACCCAACCCAACGAUGAGAUAAUGGAGUUCUCUGAUUUUUCAACAAUUCCUUCAGAUAUUGAGGAUAGCACCGAAAGUAGCAAAGAUUCUUCAGUGACUGAAAGAAUCGGGAACACUAUUUUCGCCAAAUUUGAAGACUUAACCAGAGAAGUAGGGUCUACGUUAAGCAUCGAGCACAUUCUGACCACCCAGCCGCCAACUAAGCCUACUAAAGUCGAGUAUGCUGAUGACAAGUCUAAUAAUCUCUUUGAAUCUGAUGAUUAUCAGAAUGAUGGAAAGGAUAUUGAAGCUACUACUCUAACUCUAGGAGUUGAAGAUUAUGAAACAGGAAAACCUGGGCAAGUUUAUGAAAAAAUAGUUUCUAAAAUGGAGCCUGAAGUUCGCGCGGAGAUCUUUGAACUUAUUAGUACUGGCUCUAGUGCUAAAAGACUUGAAGAUAUUCUGAGUUCAAGGAAUAUGAGCAUUGAUGAGUUGAUUGCUUUAAGACAGCGCGGGUCCAGUCAAGUACAUUUAGCAGAAAUUUCAAGGAUUAGGCCAGAAAAUUUAAAGAAUUUUGAAGAAAAUGAAGGUGUUACGGAAGGUUCUGAAGUUUUGGAGGACAAAAUGGAGGAAGAGGGUAAGAAAGAGCCGAUUGUUAUCGAUUUGUUUGGUGGUAAAGCUGAGGAAGGUAAGAAGAUUGAUGAUAAGGAAGUUUUUGAUCUGGAGGAUUUGCUAAAAGCUUUUGAUUCGCUGCCUUUUGGAAGAAACUUGACUAUUGAUGGGGAAAUUGUGGAGAAGGUUUCUACGGUUACUUCCACUUCGACGACUGAGUCUUUGAAGUAUGAAGUUAGGAAUUCUUUUGAUGGUCUUAAGGCGAAAUUUGAAGAAGAUGAUGAUGGUUUGAAGGAAGAAAAUUUGAGAAUUGGAAAGGAAAAGGAAGUAAGAUCUGGGAAGAAUAUUCAAGUGGAAGGAAAAUUAAUAGAGCAGGAAAUUGGAGCGGUUGAAGAAGUGAUUCAUGAACUGGAGAGUUUAGGGGCUGAGAAGACUCCAGAAGUUUUUAAUGAAGAAGAGAAGAAAACUUUGUCGAGGGUGAGACCUAGUAUUAUUGCAAGUGGAGCGAUUUUAGGAUUGACUAUUGUUGGGUUUUUGGUGAUCUUCAUCGUCUGCAGGAUCAAGCAGAAGCAGAGGUACAGGUACAAGAAUUCUUUCGCAAAAACUGUUUUUCAAGCACCGGCUAUUAAUAGAAAGCUCUCGAAUUCUAGUAGUCUUAAUACGAUUAUGGUUAAUGUGGUGGCCACUUCAACUACUAAACGCAUGGUUCAGCAAGAGACUCAGCAAGUUGAAGAGCGCUUUGAUUGUAAGAGCGAUAUUGAUAAUGACUCGCUGGAUGCUAAUGAUAGUUGGGAGACUAUUCCUGAUUUUAUGAAGUGA